AUGACAGUUGAGAAAGCUGAACCAAUUGGCCGAAGAUUCAUGGCCCAGGCCAUUGAUCAUGUUGCUGAGUUGGAUCCAAACAGACGCUUUUGCAUUAUACCAAAGGGCUCCGACUGUCCAGGCGGUUAUUCCGACCUCACAUUCGAACGGCUGGCCCAUGCGGUAAAUUACAUGUGCUGGUGGAUAGAGGAAACUUUUGGUAGCACGUCCUCGCCAGUGACAUUGGCUUACCUUGGAGCACACGAUAUCCGCUACCUAAUUAUGGUUACGGCCUGCAAUAAGACUGGGUAUCAGCCGCAACUAACAUCUGUUCGGAACUCUCAUACAGCUCAAGUUUGCCUUCUGGAAAUGACAGGUUGCACGAAAGUUGCUUAUAGUGUUGAGAGGAAACAGACAGUGGACAAGAUACAGGAGCUCUUUCCAGGAUUGCAAAGCGUCCAGAUUCCUUCUCUGUAUGAGAUGUUUGAAGGCAACUCCAGUCCAUACCCAUUCUCGAAGCACUUCGACGAUAUCAAAAACGAAGUAGCAUUUAUUGGACAUAGUUCAGGUACAACUGGUUUCCCGAAGCCGAUACGACUCACUUAUGGUUUCUUUGCUGCUCUAGAUCAUGGUGCUUACGUACCUAUACCGCCAGACAGGACAGCGGGUGUUCCAGAUCGGCUUAACCCCAGUGAUCUCAUCUUGGCUACAACUCCUUUCUUCCACUUGAUGGGCUUUACAGUAUUUGUAAUGGCUGCAUUUCACAAGAUACCAUGUGUUAUCUUACCUGACCGGCCCGUGUCCAACGAGUUUUUAUCCUCAGUGAUUGAUUCUCUCAAGCCAACUGCUGCACUAGUUGCCCCUUGCAUUCUCGAGGAUAUGUCCACGUCUCCCAAAGCCAUGGAAGCGCUUUCAACUCUAAGACACGUAUACUAUGGAGGUGGUCCGCUUGCAUCCGAGAUUGGCAAUAAGAUCUGCCAGCGAACCAAACUAAUCAACUCUAUUGGGAUGACCGAAGCUGGAUAUGUUUUAUCUUUGGUUUCCCAGGAAAAGGAGGACUGGUCUUACUUUGAGUGGAGCUCAUCAUUUGGGAUUAAAAUGGAACCAAUAGAUGAUGGCAGGUCUGAAAUGGUCAUACACAGAAAUGAGAAUCCGGACCUCCAGCCCAUUUUCAAUACUUUCCCUGAACUAGAUGAAUAUCGCACAAAGGAUGUUUAUACCCCACAUCCAACAAAACCGGGACUCUGGAAGUUCCACGGUCGGAUUGAUGAUGUGAUCGUACUUAGCAAUGGCCAGAAAUUCAAUCCUGUUACCAUGGAGAAAGUCAUCGAGGGCCAUCCGUUAGUUUCACGCGCUAUUGUUGUUGGAUUAGCAAGGUUCCAGACAGCAUUACUAGUGGAACCUAACUGGAACCUUUGGGAUGAAAGCAGCCCCAGAAAUCAAUUUGUUGAUGAAAUCUGGCCUACAGUACGAGAAGCAAACACCAUUAGUCCAGCUUAUGGACGGGUUAUGAAGAACAGGAUAGGCCUAGCAUCUCGCAGCAAACCUUUUAAAACCACGCCAAAGGGAAGUACGCAGAGGCGCCUUGUAGCCGAUAGCUACAAGGAAGAAAUUGAUAAGCUGUACACGAAUCCGGCAGAUCAAGCGUUUGACUAUGCGUUCUCUGAGUCGGCCGAUCUAGACAGUGUCACGGAAUCAAACGGGGUUCACUUCCUUAACGCCUCAGAUGAUAUAUGCACAUCCGACUGUUGGAAAGCUGUCCAAAUUUUAUUUUCGCUUCUUAAUGGCGUCGAAAGCAACGGCAUUUGUCGCUUAGAGAAUGUCAACUUGCUUCUCAGCAAGUAUACAGCUGGUCUCCCAGACCUCGAAGCCACCAAGACGCAUUCCGUGAUAUUGACUGGAUCCACAGGCUCUCUUGGUACUUAUCUACUACAUCGUCUUCUAAGCGAUAACAGUGUUGCCAAAGUAUACUGUUUGAACCGAUCACACGUAGGGGAACGGCAAACUGAGAGCUUUAAACAUAAGGGACUAAAAACUGAACUCCUGGAAAAGGCCGAAUUUCUUACUGCUUCACUAAGCAAAGAGCGACUUGGUCUGGAAAAGGAGAAAUACGACGAACUAAUCUACACGGUAGAUACGGUUAUCCAUAAUUCUUGGAGAAUGGACUUCAACAUUUCCCUGUAUUCGUUUGAGGAUCAAAUACAAAGUGUUCGCCGGCUCAUUGACUUCAGCUUGCACAGCGUACGCCGCGCUCAUUUCUAUUUCAACUCCUCAAUUGGAGCAAUUGGAGGUUGGACACUUGCUGAUGGGCCGUCGGUACCCGAGGAAUUGUUUGAAAAUUGCGAAGUAACGCUCAAUCAAGGAUACGGACAAGCUAAGCAUGUUUGUGAACGUAUCUGUCACGCAGCAUCUCGAGCUGGUGUUCCAAUAACUAUUCUUCGCCUAGGCCAGAUUGCAGGCCCAACCACUGAUGAAGGUGCCUGGAAUUCAACAGAAUGGCUACCAUCCAUUGUUGCAACAUCGAAAUCUAUCGCAAAGAUUCCCAAAACUUUGGGAUCCAUGCCUGUAGAUUGGAUUCCGGUGGAUACUCUUGCUACUAUAAUAACAGAGAUCGUUGAAUCCCGUCGAAUCACAGAGGCUGACUCACGGUGCUCCGUCUUCCACUUGGUCAACCCACUGACUACUCCGUGGGAAUCUCUAUUGACACCUCUUCACGAACGUUAUGCAGUUCAGCGAGUUCCUAUGAAUGAGUGGAUAGCAGAACUGGAGAAGAUUCAGAACCCCUCAGAUCAGGAUAUGUUGGAGAAACCCGCGUUGAAGCUACUCCCAUUCUACAAAAGCUUGGUAGAGGGGGAGGGUGCUCUGUCUGUACCAAUCUGUGUGAGGAGGGCCAGAGAGGCAAGCAAAACCAUGCAAUCGAUGGGGCCGAUUUCAGCAAACUUGAUGGCCACAUGGAUAAAUCAAUGGCAGUUUUAG